AUGACUGAAAACAACCACACUGCCAUAUCCCAUUUCCUCCUACUGGGCCUGCCCAUCCCCCCAGAAAACCAGCACCUGUUCUUUGUUCUGUUCCUAGCCAUGUACCUCACUACUGUCAUGGGGAACUUCAUCAUCAUCAUCCUCAUUCUACUAGACUCCCAUCUGCACACACCCAUGUACUUGUUUCUCAGCAACUUGUCCUUCUCUGACCUCUGCUUCUCUUCUGUCACAAUGCCCAAAUUGCUGAAGUACAUGCUGACCCAGGACCCAUCCAUCCCCUAUGCAGAUUGUUUAGCACAAAUGUACUUUUUAAUAGUUUUUGGAGACAUGGAGAGUUUCCUUCUUGUGGUCAUGGCCUAUGACCGCUAUGUGGCCAUCUGCUUCCCUCUUCAUUACACCAGCAUCAUGAGCCCCAAAUUCUGUGCUUGUCUGUUGCUGCCACUGUGGAUGCUGACAAUAUUCUUAGCCAUGAUUCACACCCUGCUUGUGGCUAGAUUGUCUUUUUGUGAAAACAGUGUGAUUCUCCAGUUUUUCUGUGACCUUUCUGCUUUCCUCAAGCUGGCCUGCUCAAAUAUAUAUGAAAAUGAAUUGAUGAUAUUUAUCAGUAGUGGACUCACUGUUGUUAUACCGUUCUUACUCAUUGUGAUGUCGUAUGCAAGAAUUGUAUCCUCCAUUCUCAAGAUGUCUUCUACCCAGGGCAUCCACAAGGUCUUCUCCACCUGUGGCUCCCACCUAUCUGUGGUCUCACUGUUCUAUGGGACAAUUAUUGGUCUCUACUUAUGUCCAUCAGCUAACAACUCUACUGUGAAGGAAACUCUCAUGGCUAUGAUGUACACAGUGGUGACUCCCAUGCUAAACCCCUUCGUCUACAGCCUGAAGAACAGAGACAUAAAGGGGGCCCUAAGAAGAGUUAUCUCUAGAAAGAAAAUCUCUCUGUAA